GGUCCGGUUGCAGAGGGGAUGCAGAGGACCAAGUAUUAUCCAUGGCGGCUCAUGAUAGCGAAGACAUAGAAGCGAGUGUACAUCUCAGUUGGAUGCGACGCGCAAUGCAGAUGGCGGAAGAAGCAUUAGCAGCGCAAGAAGUGCCUGUUGGAUGCGUCUUCGUUAGAGGCGGUCGAGCGAUCGCGGAAGCGCGAAACAGGACGAAUGAACUCAGAAAUGCUACGCGACAUGCGGAAUUAGAGGCGAUUGAUUACAUUUUGUCUAACAAAGACCUGACCCCAGAAGUCACAGAGUAUCCGCUAUCCGAUACAACGCUAUAUGUAACAGUCGAGCCAUGCAUUAUGUGCUCAUCAGCGCUCCGACAGAUGGGUAUCAAGGAGGUCUUCUUUGGAUGCGAGAAUGACAGGUUCGGUGGGUGUGGAAGUGUCCUGGGCGUGAACGAGAGUCUGCCCCACCCGAAGCACCCUGCAUACAAGGCCACCAGCGGGUACUGUCGCGAGGAAGCGAUCUUGAUCUUGCGCCGCUUCUACAUCACUGAGAACAGCAACGCACCCAUGCCCAAAUCGAAGACGAAUCGUGUCCUAAAAACUGAGAUCAAACCUCGAAAAGGUUCCCACUUGAGCUCGUAA